UCUGGGUGAGUGGACUGAGGGCUCAGCAGAGGCUGAACUUUGUUGUUUCGAGAGGUGGAAAUCAUCAUCAUCAUGUCGGGAGCUAACAGGGGACAGACAGGCGCGGCUACUGAGAAUCAUAACCAAGAAAACAUGCUGUCAAGACUGAGAGGCUCUCUCAAACCCCGAGCUGCUGCUGCUGCUGCUGCUAACGAGAACCAAGAAAACCAACCACCUAAACCAGCAGCAGCCACCAGAACCGUACUGGGAGCCCUGCAGAACAACCAGAGGAGCAAACAGCAGAACCUGCGCGGCACCAAACAGGAUUCCUCACAGAACCUGUCAUGUAAAGAAGACUUCAGUAAAAGCUGUGCCGAGAAGCCCUCCUCCAAGCUGCCCGCUUUCCAGAUCCACGUGGACCAGCCCGAUGGCGCCGCCAAAAAGAAGCAGCCCGUGGUGGACGCUGUCAAAGCGCCGAAGUCCAUCACCGAGGAGUCUCCCCUCGCUAUUAACAAUGCUGUGGCGCGGCUCCGACAGCCCCUGGCCACCCUCGAUUUUCCAUCGGCGAUGGAUGUCAGCUUCGACUCUCCCAUGGACAUGUCUGUGGUAGAGGGGGAGGAGAAAACAAUCGAUGUAAACGAGGUGCCAGAAUAUGCUGCUGAAAUCCACACGUACCUGAGGGAGAUGGAGGUAAAAACCAGACCCAAAGCAGGCUACAUGAAGAAGCAGCCUGACAUCACAAACAGCAUGAGGGCCAUCCUGGUCGACUGGCUGGUCGAGGUCGGAGAAGAGUACAAGCUCCAGAGUGAGACACUUUACCUGGCUGUGAACUACAUUGACCGAUUCCUCUCCUCCAUGUCUGUUCUGAGGGGGAAGCUUCAGCUGGUUGGGACAGCCGCCAUGCUGUUGGCUUCGAAAUUUGAAGAGAUCUACCCGCCUGAGGUGGCAGAGUUUGUUUACAUCACAGACGACACCUACACAAAGAAGCAAGUGUUAAGAAUGGAGCAUCUGGUGCUGAAAGUGCUCUCCUUUGAUCUGGCUGCACCGACCAUCAACCAGUUUCUCACCCACUACUUCCUCCAUCAGUCUGUUAGCAAACAGGUGGAGUGCCUGGCAAUGUACCUCAGUGAGCUCAGUUUGGUGGACUCGGAUCCCUUCCUGAAGUACCUGCCAUCUCAAACUGCAGCUGCAGCUUACGCCCUGGCAAACAGCAUAGUGUCUGGUGGCUCAUGGCCAAAGUCUUUGAUAGAGAUGACCGGCUACUCCCUAGAAGAUCUGAUGCCAUGCAUCGAGGAUCUGCACCGACUUCACCUCAAUGCUGCUCAACAUGCCCAGCAGUCUGUUCGGGAGAAGUACAAGGGUGCCAAGUACUACGAAGUUUCCCUCAUCGAUGCUCCAGCUAAAUUGCAGCUUAACUGACUCCUCCCCCUGUCCAUGUAGAGUUGUUCCCCUGUCAGUCUUGUGUAUUUUUUCUUUUUUUAAUGAUGUGUACCACAAUUUUAUGUCUUGUCCUGCUCUUUUUGGAGUAGAGUCAGAUGUUUAGAGUUUUAAUGGUAUUUUUAUACACUCAUUCUUACCAGACACCACAAAGUUUUGGUUAAUCAAGCAGUUUUAAUAGUUUGACUUUUAAAACAGACAAAAUAUAUAUAGGUCCCUGCUGUUUGAACAUCCUGCUUUGAGCUACUAUGUUCAAGUGUAGCUUGAUCUGAGCAGUAAGUGUUGAUUACCGAUUGGCCUCAUGGGAUGGCAAUUAAAGUGUCUUUUGUCUGUCAUGGAGUCAGCUGUCUCAUUACAUAGGUGUCUUAAAGGACAUCUUCUGCACUGUAAGAUAUGGCUCUUGUAAAUAAAAACUCAUUUAAAGUAAGA